AUGUCCACCCUCCCUCAGAAGGAAUCCUGGGAACCUACCACCUGUCCAGGCCUAGAUUCCACACAGGACCCAGGCAGUUGCUGUGACAAUGGUCCAGAAAGGGAAUGUUCCAGAAAACCAGAUCAAAAGUUGUACGGCGUGGGUGAUCCCACUGCCAUGUUCUCCUCUGGCAGCUCCGACCUGUCCUCUCGAGGCAGUGUCAUUAAGUGGUUCUGGGACUCAGCAGAGAAGGGCUACAGGACCUACCACAUGGAUGAAUAUGAUGAGGACAAGAACCCCAAUGGCAUCAUUAACCUGGGUACCAGUGAGAACAAGCUCUGCUUUGACCUGCUAUCCAGGAGGCUGACUCAGAGCGACAUGCUGCAGGUGGAACCGUCCCUGCUGCAGUACCCUGACUGGAGGGGACACCUGUUCCUCCGAGAGGAAGUGGCCAGGUUCCUGUCUUUCUAUUGCAAGAGCCCAGCACCUCUCAAACCAGAGAACGUGGUGGUUCUAAAUGGCUGCGCCUCCCUCUUCUCUGCCCUGGCCACGGUGCUGUGUGAGGUGGGGGAGGCUUUCCUGAUCCCGGCGCCUUACUACGGAGCCAUCACGCAACAUGUUUAUCUCUAUGGCAACGUGAGGCUGGUCUAUGCCUAUCUGGACAGCAAGGUCACCGGACCGGAAACACGCCCCUUCCAGCUCACAGUGGAGAAGCUGGAGAUGGCCCUGCAGGGAGCUCAGUCUGAGGGUGUGAAGGUUAAAGGCCUCAUUCUUAUCAACCCCCAGAACCCUCUGGGUGACAUCUACUCCCUAGGAGAGCUGCAGGAGUACCUGGAAUUUGCCAAGAGGCACAGCCUGCACGUCAUUGUGGAUGAGGUCUAUAUGCUGUCUGUGUUUGAGGAGUCGGUCACCUACCGCAGUGUCCUGAGCCUAGAAAGGCUGCCUGACCCCCAGAGGACCCACGUGAUGUGGGCAACCAGCAAGGACUUUGGGAUGUCUGGGCUGCGCUUUGGCACGCUGUACACUGAAAACCAGGAUGUGUCCGUUGCUGUGGCUUCCCUCUGCCGCUACCAUGGCCUCAGUGGCUUGCUCCAGUACCAGAUGGCACAGCUGCUCCGGGAUCAAGACUGGAUCAACCAAGUGUACCUGCCAGAAAACCACGCCCGGCUCAAGGCAGCCCACACUUAUGUCUCAAAAGAGCUCAGGGCCUUGAGGGUCCCCUUCCUGAGUCGCGGGGCAGGCUUCUUCAUCUGGGCGGACCUGAGAAAGCACCUGUCCAAGGGCACCUUUGAGGAAGAAGCACUGCUUUGGCGCCGUUUUUUAGACAACAAGGUGCUGCUCUCCUCGGGCAAGGCCUUCGAGUGUAAGGAGCCUGGCUGGUUUCGCAUUGUCUUCUCGGACAAAGCCCACCGGCUUCGCCUGGGUAUGCAGAGGGUCCGGCAGGUGCUUGAUGGCAAAUCUCAGAUGACAGCAGACCCCCUUUCUUCUCAGAUGUCUCAGGAGCCGAGCAUCCAGCACGAGUGA